ACACAGGAGGGGGCAGUUGUGACAAGAACAGCAACAGCAUGGACGUGUCAGCCAGUCAUAGACACGAAAUAAGCGAGUGAAUGACAGAAUGAUUCGAAAGUUACUGUCUUCAUUGCACUAAUUAGCUUAUUGCCACCGCGACGCAUUUGUUGUGUUUAAAAAGCGAACGAAAGCAGUUGUGUAGCAGCAAGCUAACGGCUAGCGAGCGUUAACUCAGCUAAUAUUUGGCUAACUUUAAGCAAAGGGGCGUCAGGGAAUUCCACUGGAGAAGACAGAAUCAUUGGAAUUUGCCGUGCUGGUGUCACAUCAGUCUUCCAGAUGGUCACGGAGCUGAAGUCUUGCAAGAUUGGCUGGAGUCCCAUGAGCUAUGCGACCUUUGAGCACCCAGAGUAAUUGCUGCCGCCCCCUGGUGGUUGGAUUCAUGAGUGCGCGCCGAGGCAGCAGCGCAUAGUCCUUCGGUAUGGGGAGUGGAGUCCAGGAGCAACGUUCGUCGCUCACCAAGGAAGAUGGCCUGCCACAGGCCUCCACUCAGGCAGAAGGCGUGAAGCAGAAGACCCCCUCUGUCAUCACCACUCUCUUCUCGGGGGCUUUCGCAGGCGCUGUGGCCAAGACAGCUGUCGCUCCAUUGGACAGGACUAAAAUCAUCUUCCAAGUGUCUUCAGCGAGAUUCUCUGCCAAAGAGGCCUACAGGGUAAUCUACCGCACGUACCUGAAGGAUGGCUUCCUCAGUCUGUGGAGGGGCAACUCUGCCACCAUGGUGCGGGUCAUCCCAUACGCCGCCAUCCAGUUCUGUGCUCAUGAGCAGUACAAAGGUCUCCUGGGGGACUACUAUGGCUUCCAGGGAAAGGCCCUACCUCCACUCCCAAGGUUGCUGGCUGGAUCCAUGGCAGGCACCACUGCCACCAUGUUGACAUAUCCUUUGGAUAUGGUGCGAGCUCGGAUGGCUGUGACACCAAAGGAAAUGUACAGCAACAUCCUGCAUGUGUUCGUGAGGAUAUCUCGGGAGGAGGGGCUAAAGACACUGUAUCGAGGUUUUGCCCCCACCAUACUGGGCGUGGUCCCCUAUGCGGGCCUCAGCUUCUUUACCUAUGAGACGCUGAAGAAGCUUCAUGCAGAAAACAGUGGGCGCCCAGAGCCUUAUUCCUAUCAACGUCUGGCCUUUGGGGCCUGUGCGGGCCUCAUCGGUCAGUCUGCGUCUUACCCUUUGGAUGUGGUACGGCGGCGCAUGCAGACGGCGGGCGUCACGGGUCACACGUACAGCACCAUCCUGGGCACCAUAAAGGAAAUCAUGUCCGAGGAGGGGGUCAUCAGAGGACUCUUUAAAGGCCUCAGUAUGAACUGGGUCAAAGGGCCUAUUGCGGUGGGAAUCAGCUUCACAACCUUUGACCUCACUGAGAUUCUCCUGAGUAAGCUGCGAGAGAUGGGUUACAUGUCACGGUAAUGGCCUGAAGACAGGAAUUGCUGAUCGGACCCUGUGGUGAGAGAGUGUGAGGAGCAUGUGCCAAUAGACGCAAGCAAACACACACACACACACUCACACGGGGUAAGUGUGUCUUCAUACAUGACGUAUAUGUGAUGUCCAUGACUGUUGUCAUGUGCUUCAAAGUGCAAUAUGAUCUGUAUUUUUUUUUAUAUCUGUACUUAAUUGCAACUGACAUAGGUGAGACACACACACACAAACAAACACUCAUGCAACUGCCUUGGCGACAUGAACUGACGCCUUCCAUUGCAAUGCAGGCUGCCAUUUAUUUACUAUCCACUUAGAUACUUUUUUGAUCUCCAAGAGAAAUUCACUUAAAGGUCUAAUGUGUUGUGAUAUUACAACAUAAAUGUGUUUUAUGUGAAACAUAUAUAAGUGGAUUAAUGAGAUAUUGAAUGGAGAAUGUAACUCCAGUUUAGCCCCAAGUGACGUAAACAUUCAACAGUAUAUAUUGAUGCUUGCUAGGACAAUAGCAAGCAUUUUUUAAAUCCCUGCUGCAGAAAUAUUUCUAGAACCUUUGAAAUGCAUGUGGUUGCGUCACAGGAACCUGUGAUUCUUGAAUUGUACUUCUACUAAUGCUCCCAAUGGUUGAGCUAUAAGUUGUAUGGUAUUUUGGGGUUAGUUUAAUGAAGCACACAAUUUCCCUUUUGGACAAGAUUAAUGCAGAGGAAAAGGUAUUAAAUGUCAUCUGUUUUUGUUACUUUAAUAACAGAAGUUAUAACUUGUGUUGCAAGUCAACACUAACAAGUACAAAGUGUGCCCAUGUUUUAUCCCGAGUCUGCACUGUUCAUUCAUGGUGUUUUCCACCUCGUACUUCACUAUUAGGAUCAUGUGAGCUUUUUAGAGAAUUCAUCAGACAUUGGAUACUAAUUCAAAUGGCCGUUCAUUCAUAUUUGCAGACUGAGCAGCCGAGGGCAGGAAAGUGUCAUAAACGAUGAGGCAAUCCUAACUUGGCGGCAGAAUAAACACCUCCUCAGAUAUUUAUUAACGUAUGACAAUAUAUUAAUAUAUAAAGCUAGAGACACAAAUUGUUUUAUAACAAUAACCACGUUUGCUCAAAGAACUGAGACGGAAGAUCUCACAUUCUUAAUAAAGUAGUAUGAAGUGGCUGCACUUGCUUGUCGGUGCCUUGCAGUGUGUAACUUCAUGUCUCUUGUCCGCUAUCAGCGCCGGUAAAUCGCGACUCUUUUGAAUUAAAAGUGCCUGACAAGGAAUAGUAAGUGUUUUACUUGGACUGAGCUACUGUACUAACCUUUCUGGUUAGUAUUUUCUAGGUUGUUUUUGAUGAUCUUGCUAUUUGAGAUGGCUUGUAGUUGAAGAUUUAUUAGGAAUGUAUUACUACGGGAUGUUUUCCCCCCCCCCCCCAUGCAGUUUCAUAACCUUAAAAACUGCAUUGUCGUGUGUGAGCGUAUUGGGGGCGGAGACACGAACCACGGUACACGUUCAGGUACUUUUCCAUAUUGGGUAUUAAAUGAUUUGUAAUUAUGUGGAUUUUAAAUUAUUAACAAACCACAUUUUUGUGUCAAGACUUGAUGAAGUUGUUACAAAAUGGAAAAUCCUUAUUUCAAUUUGAAUGAAUAGUACUUUUUAAUCUCAAUCGACAAACCUCCAAUUCACUGUUUUGCAUGGUACGACAAACGAACUUGUGUUGCGUGGACAUGUUUUUGUUAAUGUCAAAUAAAAGUGGAUACUGUCUCCUGUUGUAAAAUGUUCUACAAUUAAGUAUGUAUUUUGAGUAUUUUACAUAAAUGAAUUGCAUGUAGACAACUACAAAAGUUAAUACAGUACUGACUUUUAUUCCGUGAUGGUGUAAUUACAUAAAAUAGCCACACGACGGACCCCCAGGCUUGUAAAGCAAUGUCCGAACUGUAGUUCCACAAACUGCCAAUAGAUGGCAGUGCAAGCCCAUUACGAGGCUUUCGGGACCUCAACAGUUUGAACUUGACCGUGAACUCACCACAUUGCAAACAUGUCUGAUUCUAAAUUAAUGACAAAAAUGCAGAGAAGACGAAUAUUAAAAGAAAUAUAGAAAUUAAAUUGGGAUUUUAUUUUCAUACAGAAUAUCUUUGAUAGAUCAUUCGUUGUUUACGUUUGCCAGAGAUUUUUGAUUAUUUGAGACAUAGUAUGCAAAUCAGACACAAAGAGAGAAAGGGACUAAUUAGGAUGUGAAAGAGGGCAGGAUGGAGGGAAUGUGUCAGAGGGUGGUUGCCAUAGAUACUUGGUAAGAUGCUAGAAGGAGGCAGUGUCAUUUUGUUUGUAUUCAGAUGUGCUGCUCUCUCGUGCCUGUUUUUUACAUCAAAUUUUCAUUCUGCGAUUGGAUCCUAAACACGUUUUUUCCCACCCCACCUCAAAACGAAUUCAGUGGUGUUUGUUUUUAAUUUGAACUAAAAAAAAUCAAAAUUUUGUUGUUAUGACAUAUUUUUUGUUAAUACAUAUGUAAAUAUAAAGUCAAUCUAAAAAAAAAAUGUUUUCGUAAAAAUGCAAAUGAUUAAAUCUGGAAAUCUGACCUUUAGUGUUGGCUCGAAUUUGAUCCUUUAAGACAUAAACAGUAUAGGUACAAUAUAAUGAUGGUAAGGUAAUACAUAUGAUAAAACAAAUGAAAAUAAAGACAACAAUUUCCAGUUGAUCAUAUAGAUAUACAUAUAUCGAUUUUUUCGGAUUUUGUAAUAUUGUGUACUAGAAAUGUGUGUAUACAGUAUUUAUAUACACAUAUAUAUACAGCUACAUAAAAAAAUGAUUUGCUCAUUGGUGACUGGUAGAUUAUGACUGUUAAUUUUUUUUUAAAGAAAAAUAAUACCAAACUUAAAAUCAAAUCUACUGACAUGGAUA